UUGGCGAACAUGGCGGCAACUUGACAACGGCAGCGAGAUGAAGACGGUGAGGGCUUGAAAAAGAAAAGAGGUCUGUUACAGGCUGUAGGCCCAUCCGCCGACACAAAGACAGACAGCUUCGCCAUGUUGGAAGAGGAUAGCGCCCUUGUCCCUGCACGACCGAGGCCAGGGAAAACGUAAACGCGUCGGUGAGUGUUUCUAAAAACGGAGUCGAGGCUACGCAGAGGAGCGGAGCGGCGCGGCGCGGAGCUCAGGGCGGGCGGGAGGACAGCGACUUCACCGGUCAGCCAUGGAGGAUGCGGCCCGUGGUCGCCAGCGUCUAAUUUCCCAUCCGGCCCACGCUCAUUUUAAUGGGAAUUACCGCUGAACGCAAAGGCAAGCCGGGACAACCCACCACCUGACAUUUGAGGGGAAGAAAACGCGAAGCGGACCCCACGUCAAUGACUGUUGCGGCAGAGGAGCCCCCACGGUGGAGUCGGCCGGUUCCCAAAAUAUGACCAGGGGUGCUGGGACGUGUUGGCAGCAAGAAGAUGACGACGGCUUCCAAAUCUGGCUAGAGCCCCCCCGCGACAACCAAAAGCCAUUCACCGACUCAGAGAGGGCGCAGAGAUGGCGACUGUCCUUGGCAUCCCUCUUGUUCUUAACCAUCCUCCUCUCUGAUCACCUGUGGUUCUGCGCCGAGGCCACACUGGCCCGGACCCCGGUCAAGUUCGCAUCCUCCCACCUCCUCUCACCCCAGACCCACUCAGCACACAGCAGCCUCAGAGGAAACACAGAUGAUAUUUUUAUAGGAAACUCUACUUUGUGUCCGCUUGAAACUUACCACCAGGAUAGUUUAUCUAAAUACUGCUUUACUUUCGCAGAUGCCGACGAUUUGUGCGAGGGCCUUUCCGACAGAGAGGGGACGCGGGCUGUAAAUAUGAGCGAUUUGUACCUUUCCUUUUGUAACUCCUACUCUCUGCUGGAUUUGUUUUACGGCUCGACAAGUCCGGACAAUUUGAACUGCAGCCUCGACGUGCUCGGCGAUGGCGACACGAGCAGAUGCAGCCUGUGCGUCCAGGCGUACCAGCGCUACGACCAGCACGCCCAGGAGAAAUACGAGGACUUUGAGCUCCUGACUCAGAAAUAUGAGCCGGGGGAAUAUUCAGUGAGGACGUGCAUGGAGCAGUGCAAGACAGCCUAUAAGCCCUGGCUGUGUGCUCAGUAUUUCCCCACCACCCAGCAGUCCUGUCAGAGGAAGGUACCGUGCCACCAGUACUGCCUGGAGGUCCAGCAGAGCUGUCCGUUCAUCCUGCCCGAUAACGACGACCUGAUCCACGGCGGCAGCCCCAGCUUCAUCUGCACAGGGCUCUUGGGAGAUCACCUAUCAGACAAUGAGGCGGAGUGCUGCGACGUCCGAUGGGACUCCAAAAUGGACAACCCUUCAGGCGGGACACUUAAAAGGACUGCUUCUUCCUGCCAGCCCGAGGGGGCCUCGGUCACCUCCGCUGCCACCCCGAGACUGUGCAGCGGGCGACUGAAGAUCUGCCUGCUGGCCCUUGUCCUCCUACACACUGUCAUCAUCAUUUCAGCCUCCCAUAAUUCGACGUUGGUGGGCGUGGCUGCCAUUUUCUCGCCAGAGGAGAGUGCUUCUAAUGAGGAGUGAACCUUGGGGGUCGAAUCUGGUGCUUGCUCGAGAGGAUUAUGGCUUUUACAAUGUCAUGGCUGCCAGGGACACAUCUGGCGAGACAUGCUGGAGAUGCCUCUACAAUCUGCCGCUGAUGAACCAUCAACCACAGGAAGUGGGAGGGUUUUAACUGGAGCUAAGGGUGCUGGGAUUGGACAUCGACCGAACCGAGAUGUUUGAGAACCACCCCCCUAAAGAACUGACCUCUUGCCACUUGAAACCUGCUCAUUUGUUUCUAUUCCAUCCAAAUGUUUUCUAGCAUAUUGUCCCUCCUCUCCUCUCCUCCCUUCCCUCCCUCCCCUCCCUUCCUGGCGUUUUCAGUGUGUAUGGAUGGCACGUCAGGGGAAAAAUGGACAUUGAUGAAGUGUGCGCUCUCACUCAUCAUUACCUUUAGAUUUUUGCUGCAUUUCUUUCAGGUGCCAGAAUGUUUUGACAUAUCAACUGUGUUCCACUUCCUCUUCUCCAUCACCUUAGAGGCAUCUUCUUACUACCUUGUAUGUGAUGUUGCUCGAGGGCCUGUCAGGACCAGCUCAUCCAUCAUUCAUGUGGGUCUUGUUUCUCUGAAAACAAAAUGUAUGUGAUUCUUCUAUAUUCUAAUGUUCAGCUUGUAUUUUGUCCCACUAGACCUUUUUCUCAACCCCUUACGACGGUACAUGCCUACACGUUUUAGGACCUUAAGUGCUCUGAGACUGGCUCGCUUUCUCUGCUAACUUGUUGGGCCAUUGAGCAAGUUAGGAGUGACCAAGUGGGAAAGGUAGUGACGGUUCAGCUGAUGAUUACAGGAGUUAACGCUGAGCCUCGUCACUAAACAGUGCUCCUGGACGGGAAAGUGGUGUUCUCUGGUUUCUAAAAUGUUCAGUUUACCUCAGACGGUAGUGUCGGUGUUGCGGACACAGAAAGUAUUUUGAGUAGUCGUACAUGAGACUGCAGGGACAACCCAGGAACGCUAGAGGACAGUUGCAUGAUGCCAAAACACCAGGGGCCUCAUUUAUCAACUGCGCGUACGCUCGUUUCUUCACACAGAAUCCAAGUUAGCAGUUUCUUUUUGUGCUUCUCUGUUUUUAUUUUGGAAUCUUUCAGAGGAGAGUAACAUUAACAUCACAGUAAAACAGAACUUAGACCGUCUUUAGUUUCAGUUUUGUUAUGAGAGGGGUUGAAAUCAAAUCCGAAAGAUGUGAUUGGAUCACUCAAAAGUGGACUUAACUUAGCAAAUACAGGGCAAUACAGAGCAUAGGAGCUACCAGACUGUUGACCUCCACCUAUGCCACCAUCACCCACACUGUCAGAUCAGGAGGAGGCUAAGUGUUGAAUGAAUAAUUUAGGCUUCAACCACAUUCUUUAGUAAUGGCUGGAAAACUUUCCCAGCUGGUUAAAGUAGUGUUUAUGAGCCAUGAUCAAAUUUCACACUUGCUGUGACAUCUGACAACAGGAAGUGAAAAGCAUGUAAAUGAUAACUAUAUUUUGAAUUGAGUUGCAUUAAAAAAUAGUACUCACAGAGAGCAGGAGGGGCUGAACGAGAUUGUCUCCCUCCAGUGGCAUCCCCAGAAAUUUUUCAUAGGGGCAGCCAGAUUGGGCCACGGAAAUCUUGGGGUGGCACCAAAACCAAAAGCCAUAACUGAAUUUUAGGAAUUCGAUAUACUCUGGUUUCUGAUUUUACAGUUAAUAUUACUAAUUAUCUGAUGUGCAUAGAUUUAUACCAGCACAGUUAAUAUUUUGAGUUCCACAACAAUCAUAUUUUUAUGGCUUAUGUAUCUAUACAUGUCAGGUGAUUCAUUGUUCUUCAGAUAGGCUGGUUGUCCUUUUCUUUAAGAAGACAAAUAUACAGCUUUAAAUUGAAGGGACCAUUGAUUGCAAGGAACCUUUACCUCUACAGAGAAGUCCUCUUAAGUACAGGGGAGACUCAUUGGUACCCACAGAACCCAUUUUCCUUCAGAUAUCUUAAAGCAAAAGUUCCACAGACCCCUUUAAAAAUGGCCAUGCCAGAUGUUCCCUCGCCAAAACUUAGCCUAAAUUUGGAGCAGUAUUUAGCCCUCCUUCCUGACAAGCUAUGCCAACAUGGUUGGUACCAACCCACUUUCGGAUGUCUAGUUUGACAAGAUACCGGUACCUUUGAGCUAGCUUAAAAAAUGAGAACACCAUAACCUCUUAAAGACAGUAAUGUUGGCCGAGUUGGGGCCAGCAAUUGUAUCAAGGAGGUUAUGGCCCUACCUGACCCCACAUUGGGGGGUGCCACUGUCUCCCUCCCUCCUUCUCUCUCUCUCUCUCUGUAAUUACAACACACAAAAAGUAGUGUUGUUGUAUUUUUGCUGAGACAAACCCAGAAACAUAUGAAAUAAACUCAGUGGGUAGAGAUGUUGCAGUUGGGAAAGGUGUCAGGGUCAUGCAUGGCUCACUCCACAAGAAACAUCUAUAAAUGCACAGUAGUGAGCAGAUUUUAUUUUGUAUAAUGAAGUUCUUAAAUAUCUGCAGGGAAAAACAAUCAGCGAUUGUCUCUUCAGUUGUCAAAAGUCAGUAGGAAAAAGCCUUGACGCAAUAGUUCCAAGACAACAAAUGAAUUGUGAAAAUAGUGGUAACAUCGUAGAACACAGUGUAACAUAAAAUAAGACCAGCUGAAAUGCAGGAACACAGACUCAUGUCCACAGAUGUGUUGCCCUCUUUCUCCUUUCUCUUCUUUAUAGACAGUUCCUACGCACAGAACGAGAACUUGCCCUACGCUUGCUUUGAUAAAUGAGGCCCCGGAUCUUUGAGUGCCUCUCUGCUGCGUACGCCCAGUGAGGCAGAUACUGGCAAUGGAGCAAUAUAGAAAAAAAAAGAAGAAAAAAUAAAAAACAGCCGGUGUUAGUGUCCUACUUUGUGGCAUCUUCACACUACUGUCGCCUCAGCUUUUCUGUAUCGUAGAGUAGGUGCAAGUGACCAGCCAGCCAAUCAAUCAAUCAAUCAAUCAGUCCGUCGACUCUUAAAUACCCUUAGACGAGCUGAUCAACCGCUAUCUCUCACAGACUAGCAAAGGGCUGUGUUAGUGUCAGCGUGCGAGGAGUGUGAGGAGUUUUCAAGGGCUGAUCCAUCCAAUUUUUUGUUUUUCUUUCUUUCUUUCUUUUUUUUUUGCAUGGCUGCUGCCGGUUAAGUGCACAUUGACACGAGGACAGGUCACACAGGGAUUAAGAAUACUUUAAACUCCCCCUUUUGAGCUAGGAAUGCAGUGAGAUCGGGCGGGAAAAAGAGAUUACUCCAAAAUAAAAAUCUGAUACCAUGAGCAAAUAGUGAUAUACCAAAAAUUCAAAUCUCUUUACCGAAGCAGCUUUCUGUCCUCCAUCCU